AUGACUCAUCAAAAGCUGUCGUAUCCUUACGCUCACCGCAGCGUCGUGGUAGAGAACCUCUUUGGCACGCCUGUAGCAGAUCCGUACCGCUGGACGGAGGAUCCGGAGAGCGAAGAGACGAAGGCCUUUGUGGCUAACCAGAACGCAGUGUCGGAGCAGUUUCUUGAUACGCCGCUAAAAAAACAAGUUCUUACCGCGCUCACCGAAUUUCAAGACUACCCAAAGUUCGGGACGCCCUUCAGAAAAGGAUCUUUUUGGUAUACAUGGCGCAACUCCGGGCUGCAGAAUCAGUUUGUUCUGCACAGACACGCAACGAAAACGGGAGAAAACAGUCAAAUUUUGCUUGAUCCGAAUACGUGGACGGAAGAUGGAACUGCGACAGUUGAUGACUCUGCUUUCUCUCAAUCUGGGAGCUUGAUGGCGUAUGCCCGCGGUGACAAGGGCAGCGACUGGCGAACUAUCUACUUUGUAGACACGGAAACUGGCGAGCAGCUUGCAGACCAGUUGAUGCACGCGAAGUUUACGAGCCUGGGAUGGCUCGGCAACAAGUGGUUUUUUUACAACAAGUACGACAUACCUGAGGGAUCUGCUGUGGACGGCUCGGAAAACACGAAAAACGAAUAUCAAAAGGUAUACUGCCACAAGCUGGGUACUCCUCAGAGCGAGGACGUGCUGGUGCUUGACUUCCCAUCGGAGCCGAAGUGGUUGGCAGAACUCCGAGUGACUGACGAUGAAAAGUUUCUUGUCGCAAGCAUUAACAGAAGCUGCGAGCCCGUCAAUCAAGUUUGGAUAGCGCAGUUGCCAGGAGUAGACUCGCCCGUCAAAGCCUUCACGGAAUUGAAGUGGAUCAAAGUGGUGAAGGACUUCUCCGCGGAGUUCAAAUACGUGGCUAACGACGGACAUGUCUUCUUUUUUGUCACCAACAAGGACGCCCCCAAGAAAAGAAUUGUUCGGCUUGAUAUCCAGAAGCAGGGAUUUCCUGUGGAUGAAAUCGUGCCGGAAGCGUCUUCCGUUCUGGACGAGGUCUACGCCGUGUCCCAAGAUCUGCUGAUGCUCAUAUACACUGAAGACGUGAAAUCGCGGGUGUACGUACACCGCAUGGACGGAUCCCGCGUGCAAUCCUUAGACAUUCCUGUGGGGUCCGUAUAUGACGUCUCGGGAGAAAGAAAAUACAACCAUUUCCUUUUUAGUCUCGCAAGCUUCGACACCCCGCGCAUCGUUUACGAGCUCGAGAUUGAAAACGGCUCUUUCGGACUCUCCGUGCUAAAGACUACAGAGGUAUCGGGCUUACCGCUUGAUCAGCUGGAGGUUACGCAGGAGUUUUACAGCAGCAAAGACGGAACAGAGGUGCCAAUGUUCCUUGUGAGGAAGAAGGGGUGGCAAGGCAAAGGCCCCCAGCCCACGUUGCUGUAUGGCUAUGGAGGGUUCAACAUCUCCUUGUUGCCUUACUUCCAGCUGGGGUUUGCACUGUUCGCCUUGUAUCUCGGACUGAGCAUUGCGAUACCAAACAUCCGGGGGGGCGGUGAAUACGGACUUGAUUGGUAUCGAGCAGCAGUGAAAGAUAGAAAACAAGUUAGCUACGACGACUUUCAGAGCGCUGCGGAGUACUUGUUCGCAAAGGGAUACUCUAGUCCAGACAGGCUGGCUAUCAUGGGAGCCUCUAACGGAGGUCUUCUCGUGGCCGCAUGCGCCAAUCAGCGCCCAGAUCUGUUCAGGGCAGUCAUCGCGAAAGUUGGCGUCAUGGACCUUUUGCGUUUCAACAAGUUCACGAUUGGGCACGCCUGGGUCAGCGACUAUGGCGACCCCGAUGUUGAAGAAGAUUUUGAAUACAUAUCCAAAAUAUCUCCCCUGCACAACAUCAAACCUGAAACCGUCCAGAGCGAAGACCAGCCAGCUGUUUUGGUGAUGACUGCGGACCACGACGACCGAGUCUCGCCUUUCCACUCCUUGAAAUACAUUGCCGAGUUGCAGCACGCUGCUGGCUACUCCUCCCCGGUCAAUACUCCGCUCAUUGCACACAUUGACACAAAAGCCGGUCAUGGGGGCGGCAAACCCCUCUCCAAGGUAUUGGAAGAUAAUGCCAUCGUUGGUGGAUUCCUCGGGACCGUGUUGGGUCUUAAGUGGACCGAACCCUCCAUUGAAGAGAACAACUGA